UUCCUGUUCUCCCAGGAGAAACUUAAAUAUAUGGAGGAGUUAGCUGGGUUUUUCCCUCUGUGCCUUCUUUUACUCCAGUGAGUUUCUUUUCCCUCCUUCCCUAUGAAGAAUUAGAGGUGGAAUUAAAGGGACCAAACAGAAAAGUGUUGCCAGUCCCAGUGCUGGCAUGGAUGUGUCGCCACCUUUGCUUUGGGUCAUUUUCUUGGCAGCUACCUUCUGCCCAGUCAAGCCACAGAGAAAUGUCUGUCAGGAGGCCACAGUGGCCGACGUGGUGUUCCUGGUGGAUUCCAGCGGAGGCCCAGAAAAAUCCCGAGAAGUCCAGGACUUCCUGUCCGCGCUGGUCCGCGGCCUCGACGUGGGCAAAGACAGAAUCAGAGUAGGCCUGGUGCAGUCCGGCCCCUCGCCCAGCACGGAGUUUGCCCUCGGCACCUCCCAGCGCAAGGAAGAGCUCCUGGGCCGCAUCCGGGCCUUGACGUUCCGGGACGGCGCUCCCCACACCGGCCGGGCCUUGCGCUUCGUGCUAGAGAGUCACUUUCGGGAAGAGGCCGGCAGCCGGGCGCGCCCGGGGGUCCCGCAGCUGGCCGUGCUGGUCACGGGGGCGCCGGCACGGGAUGACGUCCAGGGGCCGGCCAGGGCGGCCAGGAAGGCGGGCGUGCUGCUGUUCGCCGUCGGCCUCCCGGGGGCCGAUUUCUCCGAGCUCCGGGGGAUCGCCAGUGAUCCCCAGCACAAGUUUCUCUUCGAAGCCGCGGGGGGUUCUGCCCUAGGGGACCUUUCCCAAAACGUGUUGCUGGCCCUCUGCGCCACAAUCGUGGAGGCGACUCAGCGCGGCGCCCAGGUCUCUCCAGCCUGCAGAAAAGCAGCCGUAGCUGACCUGGUCUUCUUGGUGGACAGCUCCACGAGUAUAGGCCCGGACAAUUUCCAGAAAGUGAAGAGCUUCCUUUACUCACUGGUUUCAGGCCUUGAGAUCGGCAGGGACCAGGUUCGGGUUGGCUUGGCCCAGUUCAAUGAUAACAUCUACCAGGCGUUUCUGCUCAAUCAGUUCCCUCUGAAGAGUGAUGUGCUGGAGCAGAUUUUAAAUCUCCCUUACCGAACUGGAGGGACCCGAACCGGGAGUGCCUUGGACUUUCUCAGGACAACCUAUUUCACUGAAUCAGCAGGCAGCCGGGCCAAGGACAACGUCCCUCAGGUACUGAUCCUGGUGACGGACGGGGAGUCCAAUGAUGAGGUGGCCCAGGCGGCCACCAGGUUGAAGGAAGGAGGCGUGUCCAUCUAUGUGGUGGGAAUCAAUGUCCAGGAUGUCCAGGAGCUGGAGACAAUAGCUAGCAAGCCCUUAGAGAAGUUCCUUUUUAGCACAGAAGACUUCAACAUCCUCGAGGGUCUCUCUAGCAACAUUCUUCCUACCCUGUGCUCAGCAGUUGAGAACCAGAUGCAAGCAUUCACCAAAUCCUAUGCUGAUGUGGUCUUCCUUGUGGAUACCUCAGAGGGCACGUCCCCAGCCAGUUUCCAUCGUAUGAAAAGUUUUAUUUUCAGAGUCAUCGACAUGCUAGAGAUUGGGCGCGACAAGUAUCAGAUUGGGCUGGCCCAGUAUGGUCACCAAGGUCAUGUUGAGUUUUUGUUCAACACCUACCAGAAGCCAGAUGAGAUGAUCACCCACAUCCAGCAGAAUUUCCUACUCCGAGGAGGUGCCAGGAGGACAGGGAAUGCCCUUCAGUUCAUACAGGAGACUUUUUUCCAGGAGAAGGCAGGGAGCCGCUUUCUCCAGGGCAUCCCUCAGUAUGCAGUGGUCAUCACAUCUGGGCAGUCUGAAGACUUGGUCUUGGAAGCCACUCAGAAGCUUAAGGCGAAGGGAGUAAAGAUCAUGGCAGUUGGUAUACAGAACUUUGAUAGAAAAGAAUUGGAGGUCAUGGCUACUCCUUCCCUUCUCUUUGAGAUUGAGGGACAAGAUGGGCUCAAGGAGCUUCACCAGGAUGUCAGCCAGGUGUUGGAAAGCUCUGGCCGGUUGCACUUCAGUCCUGAGAUGGAUGAAGAAGCCUUGGCAGUGUGUACGAGUGCUUCUGUGGCUGACAUUGUGUUCCUUGUUGAGGCGUCAAGUGGAAUCGGGUUGGAGAAUUUUGAGCUGGCCAUACAGUUCCUGGGGAGAACCAUCCACUCUCUAAAUAUUGGCCCUGACAAGGUCAGAGUUGGUCUGGUACUUUACAGUGAGGAGCCGAGGCUUGAGUUUGGCCUGGAUACGUUCCUGAGCCAAUCAGAAAUCUUGAGCCACUUGAACAAGUUGCCAUUCGUAGGUGGCCAGACCAAGACGGGAGCUGCUCUGGACUUCCUCAGGAACACUGUGUUCACUCAGCAGAAGGGUAGCCGGUCUAGACAAGGAGUUCAGCAAUUUGCUGUGGUCAUCACAGGAGGCUCUUCCAAGGAUGAGGUGGACAGGCCAGCUUCUCUCCUCCGGCGCUCUGGGGUCACACUCUUUGCGGUGGGCACCCAAAAAGCUUCAGAAAACGGUGACCUGGACAAAAUAGCCUCCUAUCCACAUCGGAAAUAUGCUAUCUACCUGGAAUCAUUCCUGCAGCUCUCAAUGGUUAGAGACAAGAUAAAGAAACGUUUGUGCACAGAGAUCGUGCAAAAAACCUUUUCAGUUCCAGUGAUGACUCGUACCCUGAAAGAAGGCUGUGUAAACACGGAGGAAGCCGAUUUCUAUUUCCUCAUUGACGGAUCAGGCAGCAUAGUCCCUGAAGACUUCAAGGAGAUGAAAACAUUCAUGAAUGAGCUGAUAAGCAUGUUCCAUGUGGGUGCAGACCAAGUGCGGUUUGGGGUGGUCCAGUACUCAGACUAUUCCCAGACCGAGUUUAACAUCAGCCAGCACACCAGCGUGGCCCAGCUGAAGAGGGCCAUUGGAAACAUCGAGCAGAUGGAAGGUGGCACCCACACGGGAGAUGCCCUGAGAUUCAUGAAACAACUUUUUUCAAGGGUCGUCAGGGAUGGAGUCCCUCGAUUUCUCAUCGUCAUAACUGAUGGGAAGUCCCAGGACCCAGUGGCCCAGGCUGCAGAGGAACUGAGGCAGGAAAACAUUACCAUCUAUGCUAUUGGUGUGAAAUUUGCUAUCACCAAGGAGCUGGUGGAGAUUUCUGGCUCGGAAAAUAGGAUGUUUUUUGUGAAUGACUUUGGUUCUUUAAAGCAUAUUCAGGAAGAAGUCAUCCGGGACAUCUGCUUCUCAGAGGUGUGUAAGGAUAUGAAAGCAGACAUUCUUUUCUUGGUCGAUGGCUCUGAGAGGGUCCGCUCUAGAGACUUUGAGAAGAUGAAGGAAUUCGUGAGGCAGAUGGUGAACCAGUCGGAUAUCGGCCCUGACAAAGUACACGUUGGGCUCUUGCAGUUCAGUUCAGUCCCCCAGGAGGAGUUCCAACUUGACACUUACUUCUCUAAGACAGACAUUCUUGGAGCCAUUUCUGAUAUGGUACAAAUGAAAGAAGAUACCCUACUGGGGAGUGCCCUUUCCUUCGCUUCUUUCUACUUUGAUAGGCCAAAGGGAGGAAGACCUAAUGUACCCCAGUAUUUAAUCCUGAUCAUUGAUGGGGAAUCCAAGGAUGCUGUAAAAACACCAGCCAAGGCCCUCAGAGAUAAAGGAAUCAAGAUCUUUGCCAUUGGAGCACAUAAGGCCGACAAUUCUCAGCUGUUGGAGGUCACAGGUGCCCAGGACAAGGUGUAUUAUGAGGAAAAUUUCGAUUCCUUCCUUUUCUUGGAAAAGGAGAUAAUUUUUAGACUCUGCAAUAUAGAGGAGGCUUGCAAAAAGACAGAAGUUGCAGAUAUCCUAUUUGUGGUGCAUGCAUCUAGUAGCACCUCUGACCAAGAGCUCAUGGCCAUUCACAGACUCAUGGAAGCCAUUGUCAACAACUCACUGGUUGGAAAGAACAAUGUGAGAUUUGGAGCAAUUUCCUAUAGUGAUAAUUCAGAAGUACUUUUUUCACUGGAUACCUACAUUACCAAAGCUCAGAUCAGGGAAGCCAUUUUACACCUGAAACCCAAGGUGGGAAAAGCCCACACAGCCACGGCUUUAAAGUUUGCGAAGGAAAUGUUUGCCGAGAUGCAUGGAGGUCGCCCAUCCAUGGGUAUCACCCAAAUCUUGGUGCUCAUUACCAACAGGCCAACUGAGCCUAAAGAAAGAGCGUUUUUACAAGACUCAACAGAGGCUCUGAAAGAAGCUGAUAUUAAUGUCUUUGCCUUUGGAAUAAAAAGUGUCAAGAGACCAGAACUUCACACUAUCACAAGAUAUCUAGAUAGAUCAUUUGUGGUGCAGAGUUAUGAUGAACUUUAUGAUUUGCAUGAAAAAGUGACUCAUGUCAUAUGUAAUGAAUCAAAACCAAUUUGUGGCCAUCAGCAGAUAGACCUCGUGUUCCUGAUUGAUGGAUCCUUGAGCAUCCAUCCCCGGAACUUCACUGCUAUGAAGACCUUUAUGAAGCAAAUAGUGAGCAGUUUCACCAUUGGCAAGGAUAAGGUGCGCAUUGGGGUCGCUCAGUAUAGCACUGAUCCUAAGAAAGAAUUCUACCUCAAUGCUUUCUACUCUGGUGCCGAAAUCAGUGAACACAUCGACAAGAUUACCCAGCUGAGAAGUAAAACAUACACUGGCAAAGGACUGAAGUUUGUCAAGAGUUUUUUUGAACCUGCCAAUGGGAGCCGGAAGAACCUCAAUGUAUUACAGAGCCUAGUAGUCAUUACCGAUGGGAUGUCCAAUGAUUCAGUCGUGGAAGCAGCAAAUGACUUGAGAAAUGAAAAAAUCAACAUUUUUGCCAUCGGUAUUGGAGUCAUCAAUCUCUUUGAACUUCAGGCCAUUGCUGGUGACGGGAAGAGGGUCUUUUUGGUGGAGAACUUUGGACAACUGGGCUUUAUCGAGAGGAAGGUUGUCAGUGAGCUCUGUGCACCCAGCGACAUUAUUAAUCCUGAAUGCACUGUAGACAUCUCAGUGGGACUCGACACUUCCACUUCGGCCCGUCAGGUGCAGCAGCGGCUGCAGCACCUGCUGCCGGACGUGAUGCAAAGGCUGACCGGGCUGGCCAAUGUCAGCUGUGGGGCCCUCGCCCCGCUCAACAUCAGGCUGCGCUACCAUGUGCCCACCCCCGAUGGCCAGUCCCAGUUCGACUCGGGAUUUGAGAAGUACAGUGAAGGGAUCAUCAGGAAGUUCUUUGACCAGCAUGAGCUGAUGAGCAACUCUAUGAAUGUGGCUUUUGUGCAGUCCCUUGGGGAGAAGGCUCUCAGCUUGACUUCUGCUAAAGUGAAGGUUCUCUUAGUAUUUACAGAUGGAUUAGAUUACGAUUUGGAAAGACUAAAAGAAACUUCAACGUUCCUUCGUCUUAAAGGUCUUCAUGCACUUCUAUUAGUUGGCUUGCAAAGUGGGCAGAAGUUAGAAGAACUUCAGGAUAUUGAAUUUGGCCGAGGAUUUGGUUAUAAACAACCUCUGAGUAUCACAAUGCAAGCUCUUCCAAGCCUUUUGCUGAGACAACUUGACACAGUUGUAGAAAGAGAAUGCUGUAAGGUCAAUUGCAAAUUUUUGGGGAGAGCUGGUAUUUCAGGAGAACGAGGGGGCCAUGGAAGGAAGGGAGAGACAGGUCUUAAUGGCAUGCCUGGCUAUCCUGGUGAUGAAGGUGGACCUGGAGAACGAGGCUUCACUGGCUUGCCAGGACCUCGUGGUGAUGGAGGAUGCCCUGGUGUAAGAGGGCUUAAGGGAUCAAGAGGGUUUAUAGGAGAAAAGGGCAACCGGGGUGACAAUGGAUUGGAUGCGUUUACUGGAGAAGAGGGUGAACCUGGCAGUUCUGGAAUCUCUGGAGAAAAAGGAAAUGCUGGAAUUCAGGGCUUGAGGGGCCCUCCUGGAGCAUCUGGUGACCCAGGAAGUCCUGGUCUGAGAGGAGAUCCUGGAGAUCCUGGAACUGAUAGCAAUGUUUGGGGUCCUCAGGGAGAAAAAGGAAAACCAGGUCGCCAGGGAAAACCGGGGCAACAUGCUCAGGGAGGCGUGCCUGGAGACCGAGGUUCUAACGGCCCAAGAGGUAGAAAGGGUCUACCUGGAGUACAGGGUGUGCCUGGAGAAACUGGUAUACGUGGCUACAGUGGAGUUCCUGGACGUCCAGGCUUGGAGGGUCCAAGAGGUGAACAAGGAUUCCCAGGAAUGGCUGGACAACAGGGCUCACCAGGAGGACAGGGGAAGCCAGGGCUGCAAGGCCCGGUUGGUCCUAAAGGAGGCACUGGGCCCAGAGGAGUGAAGGGGGAGCUUGGUUAUGUCGGAGAAAAUGGAGUGGUGGGACCGCAAGGACCAAGAGGGCAGUCUGGUUUGGAUGGCAAUGAUGGAUAUGGCCAUCCAGGAAGAAAAGGAGCUAAGGGUGACCCUGGCUUCCCUGGAUAUCCUGGUGUACAAGGGGAAGAUGGUGAUAAAGGUCAACCAGGAAACCAAGGAUCAAAGGGUUUUCCAGGGAAAAGGGGAAAUUCUGGCUUACCUGGGCUACAUGGAUCACCAGGAGAUCCAGGGCCACCUGGACCAAUGGGCACCAAGGGAUCAAAGGGAUUGACAGACAUGACGACUUGUGACAUUGUUGACUUUGCACGGAAAAACUGCCCUUGUUCAUCAGAUGAUGCCAAAUGUCCAGCGUUCCCAACUGAGGUGGUCUUUGCUCUGGACAUGUCUGAAGGUGUCACAGAGUCAGCAUUUGAGAGGAUGAGGGACAUUUUGCUGUUACUGUUAAGACGGAUGAGCAUCAGCCAAAACAACUGUCCAACCAAUGCCCGGGUGGCCGUUGUCUCAUACGGUACCAAAAUGCAUUACUUGGUCCGCUUCUCGGACUUUCAGAACAAGAACUCACUCCUCCAAGCCAUCAGGAACAUACCUUUGGAACAGUCGGCGGGACAGCGGGACCUUGGCGCUGCCCUGAGAUUUGUGGCCAGAAAUGUCUUCAAACGCAUUCGCCGGGGCAUCCUCAUGAGGAAGGUCGCCAUCUUUCUGGUGGCGGGCCCGUCCUCUGAUGCUGCUUCCAUCAGCACGGCCAUGCUGGAGUUCAGAGCCUUGGACAUCAUUCCUGCUGUGAUCGCCUUCGGUGAUGAUCCCCUCUUACGGCAGGCCUUGUCGAUGGAUAAUACAAAGCUGUAUGUGUGGGAAAAGAAGAAUGAUGAGAAUGUAGAGCUUGUGGCCUCCUGCACUCUUUGCUACGAUUGGUGCAAAGCUGACAAGGAGUGUGAGGUGACCAGCCCCGGUCUCAUCGAAGUGGACAUGGACAUAGCCUAUGUGCUGGACGGCUCCCCCGGGGUCACCCAUGAGGCCUUCAGGGCAGCCCGAAGCCUGGUGGACUCCUUGCUGAAUGACUUGGUCAUCGCUCCACACCCCAGGCUCUCACCUGCUGGGGCCAGGGCCGCCCUGGUGCAGCAGGGGGUCCCAGGCUUCUCCCCUUACGAGGACGAGCCCCCCGUCCAGACGGAGUUUGAUUUGCUCACGUACAGCCACCCAGGGCAGAUGCAGAGGCACCUGCGGGAGGCUGUCCACCAGCUCAGAGGGCCUCCUUAUCUGGGUCAUGCCCUGGAGUGGACUAUUGAGAACAUCCUCGAGGUGGCUCCCCUGCCCAGGAAGAACCGGGUCCUCUUGGUGAUAGUGGGCAGCAAGACCAGUCCCGGGGACAGGGAGAAACUCCGCAGGGUCUCUCUGGAGGCCAAGUGUGAAGGCUUCAUCCUCUUUGUUGUGGCCUUGGGCGCCGGAGCCGACCUGGAAGAAUCGGCCCUGUUGGCCAGCUCCCCCCCGGAGCAGCACCUGCUGCACCUGCCCGAUGUCUCUCCUCUGGGAAUGGAUUACGCCCAGCGCUUCCUCCGAGCCUUCCUGAGCCUUCUGAAAAGUGAGGUAAACCAGUACCCACCUCCCUCACUUCUAGAAGACUGUGAGAGACUCCAUCGAGGGGACAACCGGAGAAAGGCCUCCUUGACCAAGAGGUUCAGAUUCAAUGAGUCGGACUCUGGAAGAGGCUGGAAGGCACUUAAGACAAAAGACCCUUCUGUAGAGAUGAGGAGAAAAAUUUCCCAAAUCACCCAAACUGACAGAGAUAACAUUGAAUAUCAUUAUAGACCUGAAAAAAAUCUAAUGGAAGCCCUGCAAAAGACCAAAGAAACUGAAGCUGAGACCACUGACCUUGACCCUUGUUCCAUGACUAAGGAUGCCGGGAUGUGUCAUGACUAUGUCUUGAAGUGGUACUACCAUCAGGACCAGCACACCUGCCAGCAGUUCUGGUUUGGUGGCUGUGGUGGCAACCAAAACCAGUUUGAAACCAAGCAAGACUGUGAGUCCCGCUGUGUGCUAUUAGCCCAAAGAUGAGAAAACCAUCCAAGUCCUCCAUGCUGUGCAGGGGCUAAAAAGAAGAGGAACAGGGCUGACCUUCGGAUGGCAGGUUUCAGAUGAAGUUAAAAGUUUCAAAAUAAAUACCUACUGUAUUUAAGUGAAAAAAUAUGAAAAAAAGUCUUGUCUGAUAUAUGUUUAUCCUCAUAUGUGUUUAGCAGUUUGAAGUUCCUAAAGUACUUUUAUAUAUGUUUAGUUCAAGAAACUUAAAUGUACACAAAAAUACUACCCUAAGUGCUGAGAGAAGAUACUAAGUUUUGAGGUCUUAUUCCUGCCCUCAUUGAGCUUACAGAUAUGCAACAAACACUAAUUGUUAUAAAAUAAAACACAUUCUUAUUUCCUCAUCAAAACAGUCUUAUGAGAGAAGCAAAGCAGGCAUUACUUGGGCCCAUUUUAUAGAUAUAAACACGAGGGUUUGCCUAAAUGAUUUAUCCAAGACCAGACACCUCAUAAGCAGUAGAGCUGGGACUAUAACUUGCAUUUUUAAAUUUCCCGGUCACUGCUCACCCCUAUAUUUUGCUGUCAUUUAUUGAUCCUGCUGUUUUAACCCUUUCAGAAAUGUAUAUAUGUAAUUAAACAGGCAUAAAAAGUGAAAAAGACAUUUGACUUAUUAAAAAAUUGCAUAUUUCUUACACAUAUACUCACCCCAGAAAAUAAAGGAAAAUAAAUAAGAUUAUGCCAAACAGUGGAGCCUAAUUAAAAGUUCAGUUAGAAAAUAUUUUUUGUCUAAUGACUCAAGCAUUAAGAUGUUCUGUUCAGAUGUGGCUCCACAAUAAUGAAUGAUGUCUUGAAUGCAAAACUUCUUUUAACAAUUUGACAUGAAAAUGAGUUCAUUCUUCAGGAAAUCUUAUGCUGUGGAAUUACUUAUACUAUUGAAUUCUUUAUAGCUUGACAUGGUUUUUGUGCAUAUAUCAACGAUGGACUGGCAAUACCGCUUUACUAUGACAGAGCCCUUGAGUUCAGAGGGUCCUCAGGUCACUACAUCCAUCUAACCUGUGUUCACCUGAGAGUCACCUUUCUGACUUCUUCCCCAAGGAAAAUCCCUUCUUUUUUUGAAGACCUCGACUGAAAGGAGUUCACUAUCUCCCAAGGAAGUCUUUUCUACU